GCCAAACUGGACGCCGCAGUAUCGUCCCGCACUGCCUCUGCCUCAGCCCUGCCCCCCUCAGCCAGCCCUCAAAACCUACUGCCUCAAAGACAGCAUCCGCAACCCCCAACAACUGUCACCCCUGACAACCACGAGGACCACUAUGUAAGCGAAGGACCACCCAACCAAGUCAAUGCGCUCUGUAGAGAUGCAGGAACUAUCACAGAUGUGUGUAACAGCACUGAUCUUCCAGAGGUGGAAAUCAUCAGUUUGCUGGAGGAGCAGCUUCCUCACUAUCAGCUGAGAGCAGACACCAUAUAUGGAUAUGACCACGACGACUGGCUUCACACGCCCCUCAUCUCCCCCGACACUAACCUCGACCUGACUACUGAGCAGAUCGAGGAGACCCUCAAAUACUUCCUUCUGUGUGCUGAAAGGGUGGGCCAGAUGACUAAGACGUACAAUGACAUUGAUGCUGUUACACGUUUGCUUGAAGAGAAAGAGCGGGACUUGGAGUUGGCAGCUCGUAUAGGUCAGUCCCUGCUGAAGAAAAACAAAACCCUGAGUGAGAGAAAUGAGUUUCUGGAGGAACAGGUUGAGCACAUACGAGAGGAGGUUUCUCAGCUGCGCCAUGAGCUCUCUAUGAAGGAUGAACUUCUCCAGUUCUACACCAGUGCUGCUGAGGAGAGUGAAGGAGAGUCUGCAACCUCUACCCCGAUCCGACGGAAUGACUCCUCAGUGUCCGUGCCAAAUUAUUUCCCUCUGGACUCGCUACAGAAAAAGCUCAAGGACCUGGAAGAGGAGAACAUUGUGCUGCGCUCUGAGGCCUGCCACUUGGAGACGGAGACCAUCUCCUAUGAAGAAAAGGAGCAGCAGCUAGUUAACGACUGUGUAAAAGAGCUCCGAGAUGCUAACUUGCAGAUUUCGUCCCUUGCUGAGGAGCUGGCAAAGAAGACCGAAGAUGCCUCCAGGCAGCAGGAGGAGAUCACACACCUGCUCUCUCAGAUCGUGGACCUGCAGAAAAAAGCCAAAUCUUAUGCAGUAGAGAAUGAAGAGCUCACCCAGCACCUGGGAGCUGCUAAAGACGCACAGAGACAGCUCACUACAGAGCUGCAGGAGUUGGAGGAUAAGUAUGCAGAGUGUAUGGAGAUGCUGCAUGAGGCUCAAGAGGAGUUGAAGAACUUCAGGAAUAAGACAGUGCCUCUGAGCACACCACGCCGCUUUCACUCACUGGGCCUCUUCCCCAUGGACUCCUUAGCUGCUGAAAUCGAAGGGACCAUGAGGAAGGAGAUUCAGAUGUCUGACCCAGAAGUUGAAGAGCAGAGAUUACAUCCUAAGCGGGUCUUCCAGACGGUGCGGAACAUUAAUCAGACGGUUCGUCAACGCUCCAUGGGGCCAUCCCCUAUGAACAUCCCGGGGUCCAAUCAGACUUCAUGUGUGAGCUCAAGGCGUUCAAGCUGUCUGAGCACCCCCAGGUCCAGUGUGUAUGGGGGAGAAGGGAGCAUCAUGGACAACCGCACCAACAGCCUGAUGCUGGAGGGCCAGUCUCCACAGGACAGCUCUGAUGACUCAAACAAGAAACCCGGCACUCCUGGCACGCCUGGCUCUCGUGACCUGGAGGCGGCACUGAGGCGGCUUUCUCUCCGCCGAGACAACUACCUGAGUGAGCGGCGUUUCUUUGAGGAGGAAAGAGAGCGCAAGCUGAAUGCUCUGGCUGAGGAGAAGAGCGAGGUGUAUGAAGAGAGGGAGCAGGGCAGUGGCAGUGAUGGAGGAGGCUCUCUGACUCCCGCUGACAGCAUCAUGUCCCUGGGCACGCUGCACUCUGUCUACUCUGUCUACAGCAGCCGCUCCUACCUGCCUGAGAAGCUGCAGAUAGUCAAGCCUCUGGAAGGCUCGGCCACUUUGCAUGCAUGGCAGCAGCUAGCUCAGCCCAACUUGGGUGGUAUUCUGGACGCUCGGCCAGGUGUGGUGACAAAGGGCUUCCGGCCGCUGCAACUGGACCUUGAGGAGGUCUACCAGUUCACAGAUUUGGAGGAAGACGAGCCAUCUGAGCAUCAGCACUCUCAACCCACUCUCUCUACCUCAGGCCUAGGAUCACUGCCCUGCUCGCCCAACAUCAAACUCCACAGCCUGGAGGAGCAGGACAGGGUGAAGCGAGCAGAGGCGGGGGCAGAGCUGGAGCUGCAAAAUGCCACAGAGGAUGAGGAUCGGUCAUCUGUGCAUUUCCCUGGUAAAUGUAUGUCUCACACUAACUCUACCUACACCUUCACUACCUGCCGAAUACUCCACCCCUCAGAUGAGCUGACCAGAGUCACACCCAGUCUGUUAGCAGCAGCUCCCUCGUUGGCCUCCUGCGUGAUGUCCAACAGCAGUCUGCGCUCCACUCCGGUCUCCACACCCUGCACGCCACGCCGCCUCAGCCUGGCUGAAAGCUUCACCAAUCUGCGUGACCACACCAAGACCACCAGCACUUCUCUGGGCCUGGUGCGUCUUCUGCAGGAGCGGGGCAUCUCAGCAGCUGUCUAUAACCCCCACAGCUGGGACCGGGCCCAGACAGUGCCUGCCCCAGAGUCCACGUCCUGCUCUGUCUCAGGUACAGCUAGCCCUACCCCUCAGGGCCCAGUAACACUGCCCUCCACCCCUCCAAACUCACCCACCAAAUCCAAACCCGGCAGCCCUGUGCUGCCUCUGGACUUCAGCCCUUCUGACCCACCCUAUGAGAACUUCCUAGCCUCAAGACCGGCCAGUUCCAUUCUAAAGGAGAUGCGUGGGACAAAGGCUCACUCAGACUCACAGUGCCAGACUGAAGUAAGUGUCCAGAACCUUCGUCUGGUAGACAAGGUUAAGCGUUUCAGCCUUGGCCCCAGAGCAGUAACCCCAGGGCCUGUACUGGGGUUAAAUGGACCACCUUUCGGGGCCCAUCCUGGGGUUACCAGCCCUAUAGGAGGACUGCCACUGCCAGGGAUGCGAAGAAACCGAAGUUACCCAGUUAUGGUAGGGGCCAGCAUGGCAAUGAAGGGCCCAGGGCCUCCGACUGAAGAUUUACUUUUGGCCCCAAAACCUUCCAAACAAACUAGCCUCAAUGAGGAGUGAAUGUUGCCUUUUUCUUUUUCUCCCUUACUUUUUGUUGCAACCCCUCUCUCUGUAUAUACAAGAAUAAAGUACAUUUCUCCUAUGACAGAUCAACUGUGCCUGUAAAAGAGAUUUGUAUAGAUUAUUUUGUAUAGCAGCUGUGACUGUAAAACCAUUUCUCUUUUUUAUGUCACAUAUGGUACAGUUCAUCCACAGAGACCAUGGUGUGUUAAUUCUGUGCAGUUGUUCUCCUUUACUUCAGUGUUGUUUAAAGAAAUGGUCCACAGAAAAUGCAAAGGUACACUAUUUUCCCUUCACCCCAGAUAUUGUCAGUUAGCCAAGGCAUAUUUGGUGUCCAAAGUGUCUGAUGAUAUUAGUUUUGGACUAGAGGAUUAAUGUUAAUCAAGUUUAUAACAUAGACUCAUAAUAUAUUGACUUUGUGGCUCCAAUCCAAAUAUAAAAGGGCAAACUUUAGACACUAAGCAUGUCUUGGAUAAGUUGAGGAUUUCUUUUAUUUGGUAAACCAUUCCCUUAAUCCUUGUCUGGGGACCCCCUGCCUUCAGCCCUUCAGUUGUGUUGUGGCAGGAAAUAUUUGUAAGUCGGCAGGUCAGUGGAUCCCCAGGAGAAGUGUCCUAAUGUCUAAAAUGAGUUUUUAUACUUGUAGGCUGGAAGAAAAUGUAGCAUGUUAACUAAGAGGGAAUCUUGAGGCGUGUGUCCUGCUUAAGGCAUUGUAAGCACUUUGAUUUUGAGUAACUAUACCAUAAGACCAUAUCUUGUAUUAUGUUUAACUAAUCUGGUCUUCCUGAUCCCAGAGCACUGUGUGCUUAGAGCCUGGUUGUCUUUUUCAGCAUGGUUAACUCAAGCACUGUCAAAAACUUUCUUCUAAUGAACAGUGAAGAGCAGUGGAGCUGUGCUAAUGCCAAGUUAACUGAUUUAGACCUUAUUUAUGUUUUCACAUAAGUGUCAGUGGAAACUUUUAAAAGCAUAGUUUGAAUAGUUUACACUAAUAGUCCUACUUUUAUGUUCACAGCAUAUGCAAGUCCUCGAAUGCUUAUUAAGGUGUAAUAUAGUGCUUAUUACAAUGUAAUAAACAUUUAUAUGGCCCUUAAUAGAGGCUGUUAUUAAAAAAAUCUGUACUAACUAGCACAACAGAUGGCGCUCACUGUACUGUAAGUCCUCUAUCAGUCCAUAGUUAUGAGAAAUUGCUGGAAUUCACUGAUGAAAGAGGAGAAUAUGACUGAUGUGUGGAUGAUCAUAGUUAGUAGAACAUUACUGGCUGAUUGUUCUUUGUUGAUAGACCAAUGUUAUUUAUAAGCGUAUGCGUGUAUAUGUGUGUAAAAUAAAUGCAGUCUAAGAACUUAUACAUGCAAACUAGGUAUAAAAUACUUGAGUACGGCAUAAAAUUUGUUUCUGAAUAUACGUUUUCAAACAGUGUCCAGUUCUUCUGACACGAGUAGCAUCACAGCAGAAGCUUUGGAAGUGUCCGGCCUGAUUUACAGUGUAAUUGAAAAGGUAUAAAAUGUUUAUUUUUGGUGAGAGAUUGUUUUAAACUUUCUAAAGCUUUAAAUGCAUUUUGGUAAUUAUGAAUUGGAGUGACAGAAAUAUCGUGGUGCCUGAUGUUUACGAUUCAUUAUAUAGUCCCAUUUUGACUGACUUUGCUUGCCUCAGUAUACACUGGAUCUAACACAGCAGGCAAGGUUUUGAGUUGAUUCUAUCAAGAGGGUUUUUUAACCCAGCUGGAAUGCAGAUGUUGGUUAAACUAUUUGAAGGGUGUUUGAUCGUAGGUGGUCUUGGUCUGGAAAGCACAUGGAGCCAUAACUGUGUUCUGAAAGAUGCCUGUAUUUAUAUUCUUGUCUUUUAGUCACAGCAAAAGAGGGUUAUCUGGUGAAGAUGUGUGUGCACUUAAUCAUAACUUGAACGUUAUUAUUGAAUGUAUUGCAGAACCACUGAGGUGUCCUACAUGACUGUGUGCUCAUUUCAUUUAUGGCUUUUAUUUCCUCAGAUUACAAAAAGGGAAGUUUUGCCACUUGUACAUUGUAAAUUAUAAAUAUGUAACUUUUUAUACAAAAGGGCAUAAAUUAGUGAACAAAAACAUCCAAAUGAAGAGAAAAUGAAACUUGUGGCAAACAGUGGGUGAAAAACAAAGUGGAGUUAUAUGCCUUCAGGAACUUACUCGCAGACAUGUACAUCAAUAAAACACUUGAGCCAAA